UAUCUUCAAAUUAAAGAUUAUAUUUUUUAGCUUUUAAAAUGCGUCAGUUUCAUUUCGUAGUUACGCUUUUCGUUUUUGUAUUAAUAAUAACCUUUAUUGGUAAUAUAAUUUACGAAAUUUCAGGAAUGAUGAGUUGUGAAAUAUGAAAUGAUUAUUUUAAUUUGGAGUUAUUGCUCAUUUAUUCCUAUCUUUGCAUUAUUAUGAAGCUCGCCCAUAAUGGAUUACCAUAGUCGAAGUGUAUACAGAACAGUUUAUGCAAUUGCUAUGAUAUUUGGCCUUCUGAGUAUUGUUCUUGUUUUAAUAUGGACCGUGAAGUAUCUUGGAGGCUUUGCUUGGCAAGAAGAUCCACUGCAUCAAUUUAAUUAUCACCCUGUUUGUGCAGUAAUAGGAAUGAUUGUGCUAUAUGGAAAAGGCCUUUUAUUAUAUCGUACUAUGCAUUACAAACCAAAAAUAUAUUUGAAACUUCUCCAUACAUUGACUUUAGUGGUAGUUUUCAUUCUUGCUGUGAUAUCUUUAAAGUGUGCCUUUGAUUCUCAUAACUACCGCUCUGUGCCAAUACCAAAUUUAUAUAGUUUGCAUAGCUGGAUCGGCUUGGUAACAGUUAUUUUUUAUUCUGCACAGCUAUUAUGUGGAUUUGUUUCUUUUUUUUAUCCUGGGAUAAAGACUACAUAUCGAAGACAGUAUCUACCAUAUCAUCAGUUUUUUGGCAUAACUAUUUUUCUGUUGGCAGUUGUAUCAUGUCAUUCAGGCAUUAUGGAAAAAGUAAAAGGGUCUUUAGGUAAAGAAUAUCUCAAUAUGCCAGCUGCUGGAAUUGUUGCCAAUUUCUUAGGAGUAUCCAUAACUAUUUUUUCCAUACUGGUUGUUUACUUAGCAGCCAUGCCUCAAUUUAAGAGGAAUCCCUUGCCUGAAGAAGAUAAAUUUCAGCUAGAUUUACAAGAUCAUGUGAUACAGCUACCAUAAAAAGCUGAGUUUUUCCAAUUUUUAAUGCAAAAUAUUUUCUCAUAUACGAGAUAUAUGUUUGUAAUUUAUAAAUUUGUUUGAAAAUUGUUGAGCAAUUUGCAUAAAUAUCAGAUUUUUUUUAUAUGUCUAAA